GCGGGGAACCGGGGGAGGAACGGGGGCAAAACUGCCCCCCACCCCCGGCGGCAGCCCCCGCGAGCCAGCGAUGCAGCCCCCGGAGCCGAGUCGGGCCGGCGGAGGCCCUUCCAGUGGCACCUGGUGGCCAAACGGUACCAUAAGCUACAGUCACCUCCUGAGGGAUAACUACACCUUCCUGGCCUACUACCAGCAUUCCUCCCCUGUGGCCCUCAUGUUCAUCCUGGCCUACACCUUCAUCUUCCUCAUGUGCAUGGUCGGCAACAUCCUAGUGUGCUUCGUCGUGGUGAAGAACCGCCAGAUGCGGACGGUCACCAACAUGUUCCUCCUCAACCUGGCCAUCAGUGACCUGCUGGUGGGCAUCUUCUGCAUGCCCACCACCUUGGUGGACAACCUUAUCACAGGUUGGCCCUUUGACAACACCAUGUGCAAAAUGAGUGGCCUGGUGCAAGGCAUGUCCGUCUCCGCCUCCAUUUUCACACUGGUGGCCAUCGCCGUGGAGAGGUUUCGCUGCAUCGUCCACCCGUUCCGGCAGAAGCUGACGCUGAGGAAAGCCCUGCUGACCAUCGCCAUCAUCUGGGUGCUGGCCCUGCUCAUCAUGUGCCCCGCUGCCAUCACCCUGACUGUCACCAGGGAGGAGCACCACUUCAUGGUGGACACCUACAACAACUCCUACCCUCUCUACUCCUGUUGGGAGGCCUGGCCCGAGACGGGGAUGAGGAGGAUCUACACAACCGUCCUCUUCUCCCACAUCUACGUGGCCCCGCUCACCCUCAUUGUCGUCAUGUACACCCGCAUCGCCUUCAAGCUCUUCAAGUCGGUGGCGCCUGCCCAUGGCCAGGAGGAGCCGGAGGGAAGGAGGAUCUCCCGCAGGAAGGCCAAAGUCAUCAACAUGCUCAUCAUCGUCGCCCUCUUCUUCACCAUCUCCUGGCUGCCCCUCUGGACGCUGUUGCUGCUGACGGACUACGGGUGGCUGAGCGAGGGCCAGCUCCACCUGGUCAUCGUCUACGUGUACCCCUUCGCCCACUGGCUGGCCUUCUUCAACAGCAGCGCCAACCCCAUCAUCUACGGCUACUUCAACGAGAACUUCCGAAGAGCCUUCCAGGAGGUCUUCAGGAACCCCCUCUGCUUGCUCCGGUGCCGCCACCGCAGGCCCUACACCCCCCGGAGCCACGGCCAUGGGACCUUCCUCGGCACCCGCAACCGCAUCUUCACCCAGGCACAGACCAGUGACUCGCCCCCCGUGUCCGAAUCAGGGCCGCUGGCCCUGCGCCACGCUGGGGUCCCCGCCUGGGACGGCUGAGUGGCCUCUGGACUGAGGGCUUGUGGGGUGGGGAGCGGGGAUUUGGCACCUCAUGGGCCACAGGUCACUGAAAUAAAGGCGCGUCCCACCGAUGCCACGUCCCUGCCUUGGCUCCUCCGCUCCCCCCCGCAGCACCCUCCAGAGGGCCCCAGCUGAGCCCCCCGGCACCACAGGCCCCUGUGCUCUGUCACUACCCCCUUCAUGCAGCUCCAUUCCAGCCAUGGGGCCAUGGAGUGUGGGGACCAGGGAGCAGGGAGGGAGAACUGUGCAGCCCUUUGCUGGCCCAUACCAGGCUGUGCUGGACCAAGCCAUGCCGUCAUGGCCGUGCUGCACCAUGCCAUACCAUAGUGCUGUGGACAUCUAGGCUGGACCAAGCCACAAUGGGCUGGCUGGACCGAGCCGUGUUGUGCUGGAUCAAAUCACGCCAUGCUGGACCAAGCCACACCAUGCUGGAUCCUGCCCUGCUAUCAUGGCCAUGCCAGACCAUGCCAAAGCACACUGCUGUGGCCACAGUGGACCAAGCCACCCCAUUCUCUUGCGGCCAUGUCGGACCAUGCCACCCUGUACUGCUGUGGCCAUGCCAUGUCAUCCCAUGCUGUUAUGGCCGUGCUGUGCCAGACCAUGGCAGUCCAUGCCACCCCACGCUGUUAUGGCCAUUCCAUACCAUCCCACCCUGUCCCAUUC